AUGCGAUGCAGCUGCAGCAGAAUUGUUGUGCUGUUGGCUACAUUAUUUCUUGGAAUUGCAUUGUGGAGUUUUAACAAUAAGAGACGAUACCAACAGAUUUUGGAAUACCAGAUUUCUUCAGAUGAUAUAACAAAAUUAGAAAGUGGCAAAAACUGUACAACAGAUACAUGUCUCAAUUUAUUGUCAUGUUCACUUCAUGACGGUCAGCUAACUGUCUUUGUUGAACCAUUCAUACGGGUCAUCGAUGAGAAUGGCAAAGAUAUAACGCCGUCACCUUCAAGCGAGUAUCUCGAGAUACGUUCAGUGAUUGAACGAUCCAGAUACAGAGUUAAUGCAAUUGAAGAUGCCUGCCUUGUUGUGCCUGGAUUUGAUACUCUUAAUAUUUAUCGUUUCAAUGACGAUGAAUCAUCUUUUUCGAAAAAUUUCAAUGCAGGUGCUCGCCUGAACAAUCACAAUGUGCUCAUAUUUGCAUUUGCUGGUGCCAGUCUUCUUGAUAUUAAUGCUAUUAUUGCAAGGACCGGAUCUCGUCGUAAAACUUUUCGACGUGGCUUUGAUUUAUCGCUGCCUUUAUGGAACCCCUAUGUUUCACCAUCAUCUUUCUUAUCCUCUUUGGAGAAAUUUUCAUAUUUUAUCGUUGUCCCGAUAAAAUUUGCUUCACACAAUGUUAAAGUAUUAUUAAAAAAUUUAUUCAACGAAAAUGAUUGUCUUGUCUUGGACGAAUGCGAUGUAACAGAUGGAAAUUUCUUAUGCGACAGUCGUGGGGAUGCCCACAAUUUGGGAACAAUUGUUAAGGAAAGUCAGUUCACUUUGAUUGAUGAUCGAGUUGCUGGGUCUGAGCUGUUAUUAAUGUCAGCUUUACGUGUUGGCUCCAUUCCUGUUAUUAUCUCUGAUUUUAUUGUUUUGCCCUUCAAUGAAGUGAUCAAUUGGGAUUUAUUGUCAUUGACCUUUCCCCGAAGUCGUUUGUCUUCUGUUCUCACAUUCUUGCGAGUUUUAUCAUCGGAACGAAAACAGCGCAUGAGAGAACAAAUUUCUUUCGUUUAUAGUCGUUAUUUUUCUUCACUUGAAAAAAUAAUCCUUACGACUUUAAGGAUCUUGGAGAGACGUAUUAUUCCAAAUUCAUUUACAACAUACGACGAUUGGAAUUGCAAUUCUUCAAAGAAUUGUUUUGUUCCAUCGCUCUUCCAUCCUUUCCACACUUCUGCUGAGGGCUUCACGGGUGUUAUCUUGACAUACAAUAAACUGAAUUCAUUAUUUGUUAUUAUACGAUUGCUUGCCAAAGUAGCCAGCUUGAGAAGCAUUGUCGUUGUGUGGAAUCAUGCCGGUGAGCCUCCUCCAAUGACCGAAUGGCCGCAUAUAAAUCAACCCAUUCAUAUUAUCCAUAUGGACAAAAAUAUGCUGUCCAAUCGAUUUAUUAUGUUUUCGGAAAUAACCACAGAUGCAAUAUUCUCGCUUGACGAGGAUACAGUUGCUAUGAACAUUGAUGAAAUCGAAUUUGGCUAUCAGACAUGGCGAGAAAAUCCGGAUCGUUUGGUCGGAUUUUUGCCGCGAGCUGCUGUUUUCAAUGAAUCUACCAGGUUAUAUGAAUACCACACGGAGUGGGCAAAUUCGAUGAAUAUUAUUUUGAUGGGUGCUGCAUUUUAUCACAAGUACUAUGGAAUGUUAUAUCACGAAUUAUUACCAUCAGAAAUAAUCGAGUAUGUGGAAAAGAAUAGAAACUGUGAGGAUAUUGCGAUGAAUUUUUUAAUUAGUAGUGUAACUGGAAAAAGUCCACUGAAAGUUACACCGCGAAAAAAGUUUGUUUAUCCAAAAUGUGUUAAUAGUGAUAUGUCGACAAGGAAUGUUCAAUGUUUGCUCCAGCGUUCUACUUGUAUUAACCUAUUUAUUUCAUAUUUUGGUUAUAAUCCACUAGUUACAAGUGUUUCAAGAUAUGAUCCCGUUUUAUAUAAAGUACCUUUCGGAGGUGUCACUAACCCAUACAGUCAGGUUGGACCACUUUGA